GGGCUGACGCACAGGCAGGUCUCCAUAGCUUCCCUGCCGGCUGCAUGCCCUCCCACCCACCACGGGCCCCUGCCCAGCCCAGGGCCGCCCGGCUAUAAUGGAGGGGGGACCCAAGGACCAGCAGCUCAUGGUGGCACUUCGGAUCCGCCCGCUCAAUGACACAGAACUCGAGGAAGGAGCCACCGUCAUCGCCCACAAAGUGGGGGACCAGAUGGUGGUGCUCAUGGACCCUGGCGAGGACCCUGAGGACACGCUGCGUGCACACCGGUCCCGGGAGAAGACCUUCAUCUUUGACACUGUUUUCGACCAGCAUGCGUCGCAGGAAGACGUGUACUGUAUCACCACCCAGCACUUGGUGGGAGACGUCAUUUCUGGAUACAACACAACGGUGUUUGCCUAUGGCCCCUCAGGUGCAGGGAAGACCCACACCAUGCUGGGCGUGGACUCGGAGCCUGGCAUCUACCUGAAGACCCUCACUGACCUCUUCCGGGCCAUCGAGGAGACGCGUGACACAGAGUACAGUGUGUCCAUGUCUUACCUUGAGAUCUAUAACGAAAUGAUCCGGGACCUCCUGAACCCAUCCUCGGGGUUUCUGGACUUGAGGGAAGACUCCAGGGGCAGCAUCCAGAUCACGGGCAUCACGGAGGUCUCCACCUCAAACGCCCAGGAGAUCAUGCAGCUCCUCACCAGAGGCAACCGGCAGCGCACCCAGGAGCCCACGGCCACCAACCGGACAUCGUCCCGCUCCCACGCCGUGCUGCAGGUCACCGUGCGCCAGCAGAGCCGCGGCUCAGACCUGGUGGAGGAAGUGCAUGUCGGGAAGCUGUUCAUGGUGGACCUGGCGGGCUCGGAGCGGGCGUCCCAGGCCCAGAACCACGGCAAAAGGAUGCAGGAGGGUGCACAUAUCAACCGCUCCCUGUUGGCACUGGGCAACUGCAUCAACGCACUCAGUGAGAAGGGCAGCCGGGCGCAGUAUGUGAACUUCCGGGACAGCAAACUCACACGCCUGCUGAAGGAUGCCCUGGGAGGGAACAGCCGGACGGUGAUGAUCGCCCACGUCAGCCCGGCCAGCACGUCCUUUGAGGAGUCGCGGACCACCCUGCUGUAUGCCCACAGAGCCAAGAGCAUCAAGACCAGGGUUAAGCGCAACCUGCUGACCGUGUCCCACCACAUCGCGCAGUACACGGGCGUCAUCUCCGACCUGCGCAGGGAGAUCCAGCGCCUCGAGUCCCAAAUUGAGAGGCGGGAAGAGGAGAAGAGAAGCGACGCCGGUGUCCGGGCUGCACAAGUCACAGUGUCCACCCAGGACACAGAGGAGAACAGCCGCCUGCAGAUGAACAAGAUCCGGGCCCAGCUGGUCAGGGCCUUCAAGGAGCAGCUGGAGCUGCGGCACAGCCUGGUGGAGCUGGAGAACGCCAGCAUCGAGCUGCACAUGGACGCGUCCCGCCACCUGCUGACCCUGGCAGACUGGGAGCAUGAGACGACCCACCACCACACCCCGGACAGCACUCCUGAGAGGGAUGAGGAGCAGGUGGCGGCCCACGCAGACGGGGACACGGGCAAGUCUGCGGAGUCACAUGAAGAGGCCCUGGCUAGAGAGGAGGUCAACAUGCUGUUAGCUGAGCAGCGGAAAAUUGUGGCCCUCAAGGCUGGGCUGGAGCAGCGCCUGGCCAGUGCCAGGAAGAAGGCCUCGCAGCUGGAGGAGCUGCUGCCCAGGCAGGCCUUCAGUGAGGACCAGCGGGAGGUGCUGCGGCUGCUGUGCAGGACACAUGAGCUGGAGCUGGAGAACACGGAGCUGCAGGCCAGCAGCCUGCGCCGGGAGCACCUGCUCUGCCAGAAGGAUUGCGUCAUCCAGCGCUACCACCAGCACCGGCAGCUCUGCGAGCACGUCAUCCAGGGCCAGCGGCAGCUGAUUCACGACGGUGGCAUCCAGGUGCCCGCACCGCUGGACGAGCUCUACGGUCUGUACUCCCGUGAGCUGGGCGAGGGCUUGCUGAAGCGGCUGUUGCUGCUGCAAUCAGUGGUGGCCAGCCACCGGCAGGAUGGCUCUGUUAAGGACAUAUGUCCACCACCAGAGGAGUCCAGCCAAGGCCAGCCUGACGACAGGAAGGACCUCCUGUGGGGUGCCCCGUUGGAGCUGCCACCAGUGCUGCUGGAGACAGACAGUGACGGCUACAAGUCAUCGAAAGCCACACCCUCAAAAAUGCUGGGAAAGCAGGAUUCCCUCCUCCCUCCACCAUCCCUCCGUGUUCUGCUGACGCCGCCGACUCAGGAGAAGCUGAGCUCCCUGAGUGUGAAGCAUUUGGGCUCCAAGCUGUGUCCCCUGGCUGGCCUGGAGUGGGACACCCCAAGGACGGCAGCAGAGGCCCUCAAGGAGAUGGCCACCAGCACCAAGGCCAUCACCCUCAUCGCAGCCACCCGGCGCUCCAAGGCGCAGGACCGCGAUGGCAGCCGCCACUCCUCCCCGCACCUCCCAGAGGAAGUAGCCUCGGACGCCAGGGCCCUGAGCCCAGCAGACAGGAGGUGGCCCCACAGCAGCCCCGGCAGGGCCGGCUCCGUGGACAGGACAGCCUGGAGGACACAGUCACCCUCCAUCAGCCGGAACGUGCGGCCGGCAACUGAGAAACUUCAACCCUGCACCCUGGAGCAUUUGCCUGAAAGCCAGACGUCCCCGGCCCCCCAUCGGCUGUCAAAGUCCCCAGCGAGGAGUUUUUUCCCUGCUGUUCCUGUGGCCUCCAACAUGAAACCCAGUCUCAGUUUCCAUGCAGAUGAGAACUCGCUCCAUGUACCUGAGGUCAGCUUCACCCUCCCCAGAGCCACGUGGCAGAGUGGCACUGGCCCCAGCAGGGCAUCCCUCCUGCCCUGGGACAUCCGAGGGUCCACAGACAGCGGGGGCCGACGCCACAGCCCACUGCCACCCAGCAAGCCUCACAAGUACCAGGGUGGCAGUGCCAAGAAGCCAAGAAGACCAAAGAUCACUGCACACCCUGUUUUCUGCUCCAAGAGAAGGCUCUCUGUGGGCUGGGACAGCAGGCCAGCACUCUCCAGCUCAGGCUCCAGCAAGGUUGCCACUGGGGACAGCUGA